GUUUGUGGUCAUAUGAUGUUAUUAGCCAACACUCAGAAGCAGCAACGUCUCAGCUGAAUCCCUUACAUCACUCCCGGCGUUGAAAGCUGAAACACCGCCAAACAUCAGAAUGUCGUAUGGGUCCAUCGAUGGAGGAUCCUUUGGCAGCCGAAACCCGUUUGGGGGCCCCACCAGGCAGGGCUAUCAGCCAGUAGCCACACAGGUCAGCCCUUCAGAACUACAAGAUGUGUUUCAAGAAGCCUCCUCCAAUAUCUUCCAGAUCAACGGCAAUGUUGUCAUCUUGGAGAAAAGUCUUCAGUGUCUGGGUACUUCCAGAGACACAACAGAGCUACAACAGAACCUACAUUCCACUCAGCAGCAGACCAACAAAGUCAUCACCAGCACAAGUCAUGUCAUCAAACAGCUCUCUGAUAUAAUCAGCGGGUCUUCACGGCAAGAUCGUUUACGUCUGACCAGACUGAAGACUGAACUCUCAGAUUCUGUGCAGCGCUACGGGGAUCUUCAGAAGAAAAUCGCAGAGCGAUCAAGGGCCUUGCUCCCUCCAGCACAGAAAGACAAGAAGAAGAGUCCCCAGACUCCAUCCAGUGACCCGAACCAAGAGGACCCACUGUUUGCAGAAGCAGCAGGUGCUGAGGAAGGAGUCCAAGCUUUCCUGUCUGAGAUCAGUGAGGAGGAUGUGGAGUUGCUUCGUCAAAGAGAGGAGGCUCUUCUUCAGAUAGAAAGAGACAUGCUGGAUGUCAGUCAAAUAAUGAAGGACCUAGCCAGUAUGGUCCACGAACAAGGAGAAACAAUAGACAGUAUUGAAGACUACAUUCAGACCACAUCAUCUAACGUGGAAUCGGCCAAUCAGGAGCUUGCCAAGGCCAAUCAGUAUCAGAGGCAGUUGAGGAAAAGAAAGUGUUACCUUCUGUUGGCCGGAGCCUUGAUUCUCGCCAUCCUCAUCCUCAUUAUUGCUGUUUCAGCAAGAAAAUGAAACCUACCUCUUUGGUAGCUGCUGUAAUCACGGUGUCCCAGUCGGAUGCCCGACCCGCUCUGUUGGUUUCCUGUAGAAAACAAACAUCUUUACUCCAUCAUCUCCAGCUCUGCUUAAAUGUGCAUGUCUGCAAGCUUGAGAACGGAGGCCUUUUAUAGCAUAACUCAAAACUCAUGUAGUCAUGACUUGUGCUUUUUCAGUUUUUUCCUUUAGGGAAUUUGACUCCUUUCUGUUUUCAUUGAAUUAUAACCAGAAGUAUCACAAGAGGGGUUUUAGUGAUCACAUCACAGUCAUAGUAAAAAUAAACUAGAAUAUAGGAUACUUUUAUGGUUUUACAUAUCAGGCAUUAAACUUUCUUUACAUCUGACCUCAACAGUUCCCACUGUGUCGAUAUUUAUGAAACUCAAACGAAGCCAACAAAGAAAAGUUUGACAUUAAAAUAUAUAUGAAGCCUUUAUUAGAAAUUGCCUCAGGCCUGGAUCAUCACCCCUCCACCGCCGUUAGACAGUUGAUACCAGGUGUUUGUGCUGAUAUGCUGUGUUUGGUUUUCCUCAAACAUGAUGCUGUCCAUUAUUGUCAAAUAUUGACAGCACCAUAUUUGUCUAUAUUUGAAAGGAUUUUUGCCUCAUCCUUUCAAAUAAUUUAGUUGCAGAAGUCUUAUGAAUGUCAUUCAAAUGCAACUUUGAAAACAUAAGUCAUGUUUUUAUUUUCUUUUAUUCAGAAAAAAUAAUUUCUUUUGGCACUUCUUCCAAAUGAGUCUUACCUGUUAUGUGUUUUUUGACAUGUUCAGUCAUGAAUUGUAACUUUUGACACACUGAGGCCUGAGGAAGUGAGUAUUAGGAGCUUUUUAUCUGACAUUGGGGUGAAUUUCUUGGUACUUCCACUCUGGGAAGCUUUUGGUUCUCUAAUGUCAUAGCUGCCGCCUUUCAUCAUUAGAGACACUUAUUAUUCAUGACUCAAGUGUAAAUUGUCAGAACCUGUUUGCUACUUGUCAUAAUUACAACUAAUAAUAGCAAACCUUUUUUUGUUGUUCUGUUUUGUUAAUAAAGCUUUUAUUUUGUUGUGUUUUAUCCACUUGAUCUUAUUUUCCUUUUGGCUUUUUCCCUUUAUGGGUGCCACAGCAAAUUAUCUGUCUCCAUUCAAGCCUAUCUUUCACAUCUUUUCGCACACCGGCUACUUUCAUGUCCUCUUUCACUCCAUCCACUUGGUUGGAUUUAAGUAAUUUUAGACCCAUUAGAUGCGUUUCACUAUGUCCUAAUAUGUAAAACCACAGUUUUUAAAGAGCAUGUAUAUUGUCU